UUUGACAUGACAGCGCGGCAGUAAGUGGCCCUUACACUCCGAAACCCACCGCGUCCCACAGUAAGUGACAAGCCCCUGGAAGGCCAGCAGCGAGACCGCGGGAGGUUGCUUCCGAAAGAAGAAGGAAGACUCGGAAUAUCUGAAGGUUUGCAGUCAGAAGGAUUUCAUUGCUCGCCAUUCCGACUGGGCUGUGUCAGCAGGUGGGAAUUCUGUCACAAGACUGAAACACAAGAGUGGUCGGUCACAGUGAGAAGAAUGUGCGUGGCCGCUUGGCUGUGGACAUCCACCCCUUUUGAGACAUUUUGAAUGGAAGAGCCCUGAAUGGAACACACAUCCAGCGAGCUCCCAGCUCUUUUGAAAGAGGAUGUAGAGAGAUGGCCUAAUGGAAAGAGAAGACGGAAGAACAGUCAAUCCUCAAUGAAAUCCACCAGCAUGUCAGACUCGGCCACCGGAAUCAAGGGUAAUGAGGAUAUGGCAGGAAAAGGACAGUUGAGGAUGAUCAGAUCAACCAUGAUCUCGUUGAAUGGGUACAUUCCCAGCUACCUGGAGAAAGAUGAACCCUGCGUAGUUUGCGGUGAUAAAGCAACAGGAUACCAUUACCGCUGCAUUACGUGUGAAGGCUGUAAGGGUUUCUUCAGGAGAACAAUCCAGAAAAACCUGCACCCCACCUAUUCCUGUAAAUAUGAUGGCUGCUGUGUGAUUGACAAAAUCACUAGGAACCAAUGCCAGCUCUGUCGAUUCAAGAAAUGCACUGCCGUCGGCAUGGCGAUGGAUUUGGUUCUGGAUGACGACAAACGCAUCGCGAAGAGGAAACUGAUCGAGGAGAACCGAGAGAAGCGACGGCGGGAGGAGGUGGUGAAGACCAUGCAGAACAAGCCCGAGCCUACUGCCGAGGAGUGGGAGUUGAUCAGGGUUGCCACAGAUGCACACAUGACAACGAACGCACAGGGCAGCCACUGGAAACAGAAGAGGAAAUUUCUGCCAGAAGACAUCGGCCAAUCUCCAAUGACUUCUACGCCAGAAGGAGACAAAGUGGAUCUCGAAGCCUUCAGUCAAUUCACCAGGAUCAUCACCCCAGCCAUUACCAGAGUUGUGGAUUUUGCCAAAAAGCUACCAAUGUUCUCGGAGCUGCCUUGCGAAGACCAGAUCAUCCUUUUGAAAGGCUGCUGCAUGGAGAUAAUGUCUCUAAGGGCUGCUGUCCGUUACGAUGCAGAGAGCGAGACACUGACACUAAAUGGAGAAAUGGCCGUCAAGAGAGAGCAACUGAAGAAUGGAGGACUAGGGGUCGUCUCAGAUGCCAUAUUUGAGCUGGGCAAAUCCUUAGCCGCCUUCGGUCUGGAUGACACAGAGGUGGCACUCCUCCAGGCAGUUUUAUUGAUGUCCUCAGAUCGCACAGGACUGACCUGCAUUGACAAAAUAGAGAAAUGCCAAGAGGCGUACCUCCUAGCGUUCGAACACUACAUAAACUAUCGCAAACACAACAUUCCACACUUCUGGCCAAAGCUGCUGAUGAAAGUCACAGACCUACGGAUGAUCGGGGCAUGUCAUGCCAGCCGCUUCCUCCACAUGAAGGUUGAAUGUCCCACAGAACUCUUCCCUCCGUUAUUCCUGGAGGUGUUCGAGGACCAGGAAGUGUAGGCCUGAGUGAAAACUGGCUGAAAAAACAGAACACACACACACACGCACACACACACAUAAUCACCGGCUAACUGCCUGGCGUCAUGUCCAUUGUGGAUCAUUUUGUCUAUCUAAACUUGGCCGAAUCUCAAAAGAACCAUUCCAUUAAUGCGGGUACCAGGUGCAAAUAUUUUGCAAGUCAUAGUAAAGUGUUCCUUGGUCCUUGUGCUCUUGUCUUGCAAAGGAAGGUCGUGCUGCCUAGCUGUGCGUUGCUGCUUUAACAGCUGAUUAUAUAAAACAGCUAACUCCAAAACAAAAUGGCCAACCAUCCCAUCUUCAUUUUUUUUACACGCUCAACUUGGUGCAACCUUUUUUCAGUGGUUUAUCAUU